GGAGUAUAAACUAACAAGAAGGGACAUAUAUUUAUGGCGGUCGUGCGCGGGAAAUAAAUUGUAGUUGCAAAUUUUUAGCAAAUUCCAAGUUUAUGUUCGAUUCAAGGUCUGAAUUUUGAAAAGUAGCACAAAAAUGGGGGUAAUUCUGCUUAAAAUUUUAACUUAUGAGGUAGUUUAAGUAAAAUCUUUUUGUAGGAUGAAGACAAGAGGUUAUAAAACUUUUAAAAAGCGAAGUAAUAGGCACAAAAAAUUUCACAUGUUGUCGAUGUUGAUAUCAUAAAUAUUUUGAAGACGGCUGAAGAUCAUUCAUUUUGUAUUUAUUAACCUAGAAAAAAUCUGGUAAAGGUAAAGAAAAGAAACUAAGAAGAAAAGAGGUGAGUUGCUUGAUUCCUGUCGAUUUGAAAACUAAUCAUAUUUUGAGCAUUCAAGACGAAUUAGACAAUUCUAGUGUACAGUCAUUAAUGGUUAUGUCAUCAUUGUAGGAGCAAGCAAAGCUCUCUGCAGCUCAAUCAGUUGUGGACGCCGCCAAUGCUGUAAGCUUUCCUUAUCACAUAUGCCAACCAGAAGUCAGUUGAGCCAUUAUAGAUAGCCUGUGAUUGCGUCACUGUUAACCAUUCUUGUUUUAAAUCACAACUGUGAAACAGCAUUGACUGCGCCCAUUCUUCAUUUCAAGCAAGAACUGCUGACGCUAUUUAUAAUGGCUUGGCUGACUUCCAGUAAUUGGUAUACGUGUUACCAAAAAUGUAGUGUGCUUUAUUUAAGCCACAUAAGGCCAUGGGAAUGAAAGUCAUAGAUUUUCGUCCACCGCCCGCAUGCCUCAAAAGCUACCGUCUAAAAUUUUCAUUAUUUACAAAAAAUUCAUUAUUUUCACAAAUAAAGCAAAACUCAAUAAAAUUAGCAAUAAAAUUGUGUAUUGAUUGCAAUGAAAUGAACAUAUUGCAGUGUGUUUGUCCUCAGUAUCCACAUUCUUAUGAAAUUCCAAAUUGUAUUUACAGAAAUGGCGAAAUUGGCACACAGAUCUUCAGUGCUGCGACCAUGUGAGCUUGUGAUAUAUGUAAUUCCACGGCGUGAACGGUAAUUCGUGUUUUUAUCUCUGUAUUUACCACCCAAAACAAUGGUAAAAAAAUAAUGAAUACCAGUAAUGAAUAAUGAAAAAAAGCCGCAUGCUUUUUCAAAAUUAUCCAGACGCAAAUCUAUGACUUUCAUUCCCAUGGCCUAAUAGAGACUAUAGAGAAGUCAGACUCGGCCAACAAAGGUGUAACUGUUGAUCAUCAAAAUGUAUUCAUCUUCUCACGGUGGGCAAAAAAGACAGCAAAUUUGGCCACGUACAUAUAACUUUCUGUCAUUAGUUUGGAAUAUCACGAAACUCCCUCACAGGAUAGAACUUAACAUUCCUAAAAAUCAUAUGUUUUUUGUUUUUCGAUUUUGUUACAUUUUGGCGGGAAAAUGACGUGCCAACUUUGGCACCAAAAAAUUAAACACGAGCUAAGAACAAGCUAGUAACGUUUUUGAAGAGAUCUCGAAACUGUAAAAACAUUAAAAAUACAACAAGGCAGUGCGAAGAUAUGGCGAUUCAAAAUUCGAAAAAAAUCUAUUUUUAGUAACAAAAUGGCUGAUUUUUCAGUAAAAAUAGAACUUUGAAUCGCCAUAUCUUCGCACUGCCUUGUUGUAUUUUUAAACAGUUUUGACAUCCUUAUAGGACAAUCUUUUCAAAAAAGUUACUAGCAUGUUCUUAGCUCGUGUUUAAUUUUUUGGCACCAAAGUUGGCAUGUCAUUUUCCCACCAAAAUGUAACAAAAUUGAAAAACAAAAAACAUACGAUUUUUAGGAAUGUUAAGUUCUAUCCUGUGAGGGAGUUUCGUGAUAUUCCAAACUAACGACAGGAAGUUAUAUGUACGUGGCCAAAUUUGCUGUCUCUUUUGCCCACCGUGCUAAUUAGCAAGUGUGUUUAUGAGAGGCAUUCACCCCCUGAACAUCUGCCAUUUUUAAUAUUCUCGGGAUGAAUGCCUCUCAUAAGCACACUGGCUAGGAACAGUGCGACGGCAUGGUUACACCAAAGUCAUAGGCACUAACAAGUAGUCAGACCUUAAUUUUGACCUUCAUGUUGCUAUUUCAGGUCGAUGACCUCAUGAAACCUCUGACUCCAUUCACCAAAUACGACAGGAAUGGGUAAGCAAUGUUCACAGAAUUAAUGCAUAAAGUAUGCAUGGUAUGAGAAUCUUCGUUUCAUCGGUACAUGUUCUUGUGUGUGGCUGAAAUAGAGAACUUUGUUUUAGACUAAUAGUGUCUAUUGGAUGUAAAAGAAUAUCAGAGUUGAGUGAAGAAGAAUUUAACUGGGCUUUUGAUCUCACAAAAGACAACAUGCAAACAUUGUGAGUUUGGUUGAUAAAAUUAUACAAUCAAAGUUUGUAUGAGUUGACUUAUAGCAUAGAUGUAUUUUCACAUUUUGCUUAGGGUAUGUGUGGGUGCUGAAGAUUUAGGGGAUGAGAGAGGGGGUGCCAAGCAAGCUGGAGACACUCCAUGAAUUGUUAACAUUUUAUUUACAGUCAUCUUCAGAAUUAAUUAAUUAAAAUACUUAUAUAGACAUAUAUAUAAAAGACAGACUAUUACAAAAGUAAACCAGGGGGGGGGGGAAAUCCACACAAGCAAAACAUUUCAGAAGAAAAUGCGUACAGCCAGAAGGUGGCAGAAAAAAAAAUCACAACACAAGAGAAAAACAUGCACGUAUGUAGAAACUUCCAUGCACAGCAGAAACUUCCCCAUCCCUAAUGUUUAAAAAGGCUGCAGAUUAAGAGAGGUACAGGUAUCUGAAAAAUGCAAGCAGAACUUUCUCUCUGAAAUCCAUGCAUGAACCUUCUUGUUAUCAUCAGGGUCUGAAAUUAUAUCCACGAG